GCAACGAUUUUUCACCAAUUCUUAUUUUUAAUAAUUUUUAAAAGUCAAAUAAUAUUGUCAUGAACCAUCAGCUCCCAUGUAUUUCUGCUUUUUCGGAAAGCGUGCUACUUUUUGCUGAGGGAUUUGAAGUGCUGGCGGUUUGUGAACUGUAGAAGACCUGUAGCAUAAUAACGAUAAUAAUUAAUAUGAGAGCCUUUUUUCCUGUAACUUGUAACUUGUUCAGCCCUCCCCGGUUUCCCUUGGGGUAAGUGGAUAGUACAACGGAUGCUUUUUUGACGAAGAGCGCAUGUUAAUGCAUCCAGGAUGAGUUUCCCAUCUGGAGGAAACACCACUGCUGUUAGUUUUUGGACCGGCCACUUUGAUCCCUUGGAGCUGGGGAUCUACGCGCUGCUUGCAGCUGGUGUGUACCUUUUCGUUAAGCGUCGUGGACAGCGUUUCACGGAGAGCCGCCAUCAUCUGUUACCAGUUCGCGAGUUUAUCAAAGGACACAAUUUUGUUCUGAUUGAUCUUUUUGCGCAUGCUUCUUUCUGCAACAUUUGCGAAGAUAUUGUGGAAGAAGGUUUUCGCUGCGAAGCCUGCGAUAUUGUAACUCAUCGAAAAUGUGCUCAUUUAGCGCACGGGAGUCUUCGGUGCAAGGCGAUGUCCAGUUUUGGGCCUGAUAUGAAGCAUCAUCUUGUUAAAGGCAAUUUGCCACCUUCGUCGAUUUGCGGUAUUUGCCACGACGAAUGCGAAAUCGAGGAUCAUCUUACCGAUUUUCGGUGCAUCUGGUGCAAAAUUACCGUACACACGCGUUGUGUGGAUUUCCUGAACGAUAUCUGCGAUUUGGGUCCCUAUCGGGAUUUUAUUAUUCCGCCAAACUGUAUCAAGUUAAAACUAGUCGGACUGCGUCCGCGUCGUCAAACGGUGGUCAGUGCGGUGCGCGCUCCAGAGAAUGCCCACUGGAUGCCGUUAAUUGUCAUCGGUAAUCGGAAGAGUGGGGCGGGUGAUAGUUCCAGUAUUCUAGGAGCAUUUCGCAAUGUACUCAAUCCGGGACAGGUGAUUGAUGUCAAUGUGGUGAAGCCGGAGGAAGUUUUGGAAUGGAUUAAUUUGCUGCCGAAUCACGUUUGUCGUAUUCUGAUUUGUGGCGGCGAUGGGACCGUGGGAUGGAUUUUGACCACGAUUGAUAAACUGAAGUUGAAACCGCGUCCGGCUGUUGGUAUUAUCCCGAUUGGAACAGGCAACGAUUUAAGCAACGUUCUUGGUUGGGGUUCGGCCGUAUCGCUUCCCUUGAAUAUGGAGAAGGUCUUCCGUAAUAUAACACAAGCGGAAUUUGCCAUGGUGGAUCGGUGGACAGUAUGCGUUAGACCGACCCGCAUCGGACUUCCGUUGCCGGCCAAAACCUUGACGUUCAACAAUUACGUGAGCCUGGGUGUUGACGCAUUGGUGACGUUGAACUUCCACCGGAAACGCGAGCAAAUACCUCGCUUUUUUGCCAGCCGUUAUAUGAAUAAAUUUCUGUAUUUUACGUAUGGCACCAUGGACGUGCUGGAGCGUGCCUGUUUGAAUUUGAAUGACAAGGUGUCACUGGAAUGUGAUGGAAAGCAGCUAACGUUGCCGGUGAUUGAGGGACUGGUGUUUCUGAAUAUUCCGAGCUGGGGCGCCGGAGUGGAUGUAUGGAAUCUCAAUGCAGCAGGGGAUCCGCUGUAUGCGGAGCAAGUGAUAGAUGAUGGAUAUCUGGAAGUCUUUGCACUGUAUUCUUCCUUUCAUAUCGCACAAAUGCAGGUGGGAUUAUCUAGUCCGCAUCGAUUGUGUCGUGCCAAGAACAUUAAACUAACACUACGCCGGGGGAAAGUGCCGAUGCAAGUUGACGGCGAGCCAUGGGAACAGGGUCCCGGUGUUAUCAGUAUAUCGUAUUUUAAUCAGGCACUCUUGCUGGAACUGCCAAGGAAAUGAAAGCAUUUAAUUUGCCCGUUUAUAUUAACGACAGUGAAUGUUAAUUGAUCUCCGUAUCCCGAUAUCAGGUACUUGUCAGUGGUUCUCAGUGAUACGGUUGCUAGUUGUUUGUGUGUUAUUACAGAACUGUCAACUUGUUAUUACAGUACUGUCAUUAUUUAUUACACCUCCGAUACUGUAAAAAGAUAUAACUGUGGUUAAACGGGAACGCUAGAAAAGUCGUGGUAUGGUGUUGUUGUUUGUUGCUUUUUUUACGUUGUGCAGUUUGUCUUCUACGAGUUGUGCUCAUUUGGAUCUAUUUUACGUGACUUCAGAACGUUAUAUAUUUGAUAAAACAUUUUGCGAAUGCGG